CAUGAGAUAUUGGAUGAAGAGUUGAUUAGGAUGAAAGAGGAGAAUAAGAAGCUAACAACAAUACUAACAACUUUGUGUGAGAACUACAAUUCCUUGCAAACUCACCUAAUUGAAUUGCUGCAAAAACACAACUCAGAGGAUCACAAUUCCAAAUUAUUAUCAAGAAAAAGAAAGGCUGAAGAUGAUCACAGUUGUGCUAAUUCAGAAAUCAUAUUUGAAGAAGCAUCACCUAAGAGGCCAAGGGAAAUCAGAACCAAUGUUUCAACUGUUUGUGUAAAAACUACUCCCUCCGAUCAAAGUGCAGUGGUGAAAGAUGGAUAUCACUGGAGAAAAUAUGGUCAAAAAGUCACAAGAGAUAACCCUUCACCUAGAGCCUACUAUAAGUGUUCUUUUGCACCAUCAUGCCCAGUCAAGAAGAAGGUGCAAAGAAGUGUUGAAGAUCCAUCAGUUUUAGUAGCUACAUAUGAGGGGGAGCACAACCAUCCUCUCCCAUCCCAAGCUCAAGUUACAGUGCCAUUAAUUAACCAAAAUGUUACAACAAAUCCUACAUUUCUGAACAAAUUCAUGGAAGACAUUGACACAACUUCACUACAGCAAGAUUUAGUCGCACAAAUGGCAUCUUCCUUGACCGAGAACCCUAGUUUCACAGCUGCAGUUGCUGCAGCCAUCUCCGGGAAUUUUUUUGAAUAUGAUUAAUUAGGUUUCAAAUGAAGCAAAGUUACAGUUACUCAGACGGUUUCUGUUUUUUCAUUGAGAUUGAAAUGAACCUAAUCUAAAUUUACCAUUUUGAAAGGAUGUUUUCUUUGCUAUAAUAACUGUUUCUUAGUUCUAUUUUCCUAAUAUUUGGCCUGUACUAGAAUAAAUUUACGGAACAGUAAAGACAAUAUAUAUAGGGCAAAAUAUUGUCUUUAGUAUUCUGUAAAGUCAAUCUUGGGAGCAGAUAUUAGGAUUGAUUCAUAAAUAUAUACGCCAUAAUCGCAUAAGUUUACAUGACAUAUAAAAAAGAAAAACCGUUAUAAAUGAUUUUUGUUAUAAAUAGAAUUGUAUUUAAGGUGAAUGUCUAUAUUUAGAGAAAUUUUAGGCUUUCUUACUUGGUGGCUAAGUCACUUUUUUCGAGAGGUUUUAUUCCAUUGUAAUUCAUCCCAAAAUUAAUAAAAACCCUCUCUCUCUCUCUUUUCUGCAA